CAGCUCCGUUGGUAAUAAUGGUUAGUCCAAACUGGUUGUGUUUCUAACCACGUCCGUUACACGCAACUGUCAUUAUUUGGUAUUUUAGAAUUAUCCAUAGUUAUGGAAAUCUUUCAUGAAAAUAUCAUGCAUCAGUUAAUUGUAAGCGAUAAUCGUAUAAGUUCUUCUAGCUUAUAAUUAUUUCCCAAGAGUACAAAAGUACUGACUUUAAGUCACCGGCAUUGUGAAAUGUAUUAUGAUAAUCCAUUAAUGUAAAAUGGUAUUGUCAAUUAAUCUUAUAAUAGCCAUACUUGUUUUGUUAAUUAGUGGUUUGAUAAUUAAGUUACUCUUUUACCGUGGUUAUGUAAGAAGUGUAGAAAAUAAACAUGUUGUGAUAACUGGUGGUUCCAGUGGAAUUGGAAAAUCUGCAGCAAUUACUGCUGCUAAACAAGGAGCUCAUGUAACUAUCAUAGCCCGUGAUGUAGAAAAAUUAGAAAAGGCUAAAUACGAAAUAAUGCAAGCUUGUAAGAAUAAAGACACCCAGCGUGUUGAAUAUUUACCCCUUGAUGUAACUCAGGACUAUGAAGAAAUACAAAAAGCAUUUAUGGAGCUGGAAAAGACUAUGGGUCCCAUAUAUAUGCUAGUAAAUUGUGCUGGUUCUUCUAUUUGCGCUAAAAUUGAAGAUACAUCCACUUCUGAUGUACGCAAAAUUAUGGACCUGAAUUUUUUCGGUACAUAUAAUUGCAUCAAAGCUGUCGUACAAAGUAUGAAAACUGCUAAAGAUGGAAUUAUUGUAUUAACGGCUUCUCAAGCUUCUCUUUUAGGUAUCUAUGGUUUUUCUGCUUAUUGUAGCUCCAAGUUUGCACUGCGUGGAUUGGCAGAGAGUAUAUCUAUGGAACUUACUCUGUAUAAUAUUUCAGUGACUCUCUGUCUACCUCCUGAUACCGAUACACCUGGUUUUGCUACAGAAGAACUAACAAAGUUACUCGAAACAAAACUGAUAUCUCAAACGUCAGGUUUAGUUAAGCCCAAUGUAAUUGCGGAUCAAUUAUUUAAAGAUGCCUUGAAUGGCAAAUUUUUUUCAACUGUUGGUAUUGAUGGAUUCAUGUUGUGUACGAUAUCUUGUGGAAUGUCUCCUUUUACAAUUUCGGAGCUAUUAACGCAAGUAACAAUAAUGGGUUUCCUGAGACUUAUAAGCGUAUUUUACAUUAUCUCAUUUCAAAGAAUUAUUUUAAAGUGUAUGAAAACUCGUGAUAAGAACAAAAAGUCAGAAUGAAGAGUGCUGUGGCACCAGUGCUGCCAUCAUGAGAAGGAGGAUUUGUGGCUCAACAGCGUCGAAAAUAAAUUCAACUUAAAGUUAGUUAAGAAGACUGGAUGUAUUACCAUUCCAAUGAUUAUUUAUAGCGACGUCAAAAUGGGAGCAAUAAAUGCACAUUUGAAUACGAUAACGAUUUA